UGUGUGUUCUCAGCGGGCUGGUGGGGCAGAGCAGGCAGGGCAGUGCUGGUUGGCAAGGCCUGGGCUCUUAACUAGCUCCGACCAGGAGGCAACCAGACUCAAAGAAUCAACCCUCUCUGCUGCAGCCAGACCCCCCGGGGGAGAUCGGAGACGCUGCGGAGCAUCAUGAAAUUCCAAUACAAGGAAGAUCAUCCUUUCGAGUACCGGAAAAAAGAAGGGGAGAAGAUUCGGAAGAAAUACCCAGAUAGAGUCCCUGUAAUUGUGGAGAAGGCACCUAAAGCCAGAGUUCCUGACCUGGACAAAAGGAAGUACCUGGUGCCCUCUGACCUUACAGUUGGUCAGUUCUACUUCUUAAUUCGGAAACGGAUCCACCUUCGACCAGAAGACGCCCUAUUCUUCUUUGUCAACAACACUAUCCCCCCUACUAGUGCCACCAUGGGCCAGCUUUAUGAGGACAACCAUGAGGAGGACUAUUUUCUCUAUGUGGCCUACAGUGAUGAAAGCGUCUAUGGGAAGAAGAAGGCAUUGCAGACCAGAGUUGCUGGAUUGGCUGGGGGAAGUUUUCGACAUGUAUGAUUGGGAAAUGGGGAUGGCAUCCCUCCUUCCUGCCCUCCUCCCACCCUGCAAAUUAGCCUUUGUUGUGCUGGAUAGAAGGGUUGGGAAUUUGAUAGGUUUUCAGAUAGUUUCUGUCCAGGGAGGACUUCCCAGAUUUCUUACUCUGGGGGUGGGAAACCCAGUUUGAUACAUUGGUAGGAGGGGUAUGGGUGGGAGAGGCAGAAGAAAAUGCUCUAUGACUACCCCAGUAUUUGACCAAACUUGUUUUUAUCAUCUCUCCUUGGCGACAUCUCUUCCAUAGUUCUACUUCGGGCUUUAUCCUCCCCCAGUAUCCCUACGUAUCAUUCUCAGAGGGGAAAAUGGCCCUAGAGCUAUAACCACUAUUGCCUGGCUUAUUGGGCUUCUGUUUCCAGAUUCCACUUAAAAUACAGUAAAAAAAGAAAAA